UUCGCCUUCAGUUUUACCACAUUCUCUGCAGGUAGAAGUUGGAGGAGCGUACGACUGGAGAGAUCCGCGCAUUAUUCUGGUUAUUUUGGCGUCUUUAAAUCCCUUUUAACUAACUCGUACUCUCUCUCAAGAAGUAGAGAUGUAUUUAUCUGUUGCUUCACCUGCGUGGGACGCGAGGAUGAAGCGAGCUCAAUUUAAAAGCUACUGUAGCAUACUUGCUAGCUAACUCGGCUAGCUUGCUAACUUAGCAGCUAUAACUGCUUAUCCGCCAGUAGCAUUGAAGUACGUGUUUUCUUCCCUUCGACUCAGCUGUGUAUGUCGACAUGGCACAGAGGAAAGAAGUGUUUCAAUCAAAGGUACUCAAGAAACUUUACCCCGCUCCUUCCACAUUGAAGAAAGAAGACGACCCACCACGCAUUGUAGAAGCCCUAGCCAAAAAAACUCAUGUGAAAAGACAAGCUUCUGCAGAGGACACAGUGUGUGGAGAUGCGGGGAAGACAAAGGAUGCAGCCAAUCCAGGCAGGCGGAUGUACACAGUUUUACCUCCUCCCGCAGACUACAGUAUACAUUCAGAGGAAUCCGUCACACUCACCCAGCUAGAAAGCAUAAAUAGUGCAGAGGACCCAGCUGAGGAGAGGAGCCAUGAGGGCAGUGAAGAACUGGAUGGAGAAAAAGAAGAACAGAAAAAAAGGAGAAGGAGGAAGAGGAAGCAAGUCGCUGGGAAAGAUGGGGCAGCUCCGGUGGGUGAGUCCAGCACAGGUCGGACGCAGGUGGACCAGGGAGAAGAGCGCAUUAGCAAGAACAAGAAGAGAAAACUGAAAAAGAAACGGCACAAAGAGAAGCUGCUCUCCAUGGGUCUGAUGCCACGGGCCGCUGCGCUGGAGUUCACCUACCAAAAAGAUGGAGAGGCAGAGGCGGAGGAUAUCGAGAUCAAAGCUGCUGAGGUGUCGGACUUCCUGAGGAAAACAAUGGAAAUCUAUACGUCAGAUUCCUUGUUACAUGUAGCCAAGGACCCCCACCUGUCUGCUACAGUGGAUGACCUUCUGGGCAGCAUAGCCACUGGAUGCAAGUCUACGUCUGUCCUGAAUCAGUUGCACCGUCUCAAGGCCUUUGUACAACAGAAUGAGACAGUCGAAUUAGAAAAGGCACUGAAAGAGCUCAACAACAACCCCUCCAUGUCUGCAGAGGAAACAACUGCAGUCGCUUCUCUGUUCCAGUACUGGAUCACAGACAUUCUUCCCAUGCAGGGAGACAAGACGACAAGGCUUUCUACAACUCACCCAUGAGACUGUCAAUCACACAGAAACGGAGACGCCGAUGUAGGAUUAUUUUUUCCUCAACUUCUGGAAAUUCUCUUCUUAUGCACUUAUUUGAAAAGUGUUGGACUUUACAUGUUAAUAUGUAAAAAAAUGUUUUAUUAUUAAACACUUGACCUAU